AUGAUAUUAAAAUUGUAUACUAAUUUAAUAAAUAAAAAAAAUGAAAUUGAAAAUAAAAAUAUUAUUUUAGGUGAAAUUAAUAGUAAUAAUAAUAUUAAUAAUAAUGAAAAUAAUGAAAAUAGUAAUAAUAUUGAUAAUAACAAUAAAUGCAAAUUAGGAUAUGAUAAAGAAAAUAUUAAUAAUGACAAUAUUAAUAAUAAUAAUAAUACUAUUAUCAGUAAUAAAAUAAUAAAAGAAAAUAAAAAGGGGGAUAGAAAUAAAUUCCUGGGAAUAAUUAUAGUAAUUUUAAUUACAAUAUUUCAAACAGGAUUUUCAGAAUUAUCAUCAUUUGUAGUAACUGGUGAUUACAAUUCACCAUUUAUGAUUGGUUGGUUUAAUACCAUUUUCUUAUUAUUUUCAUUUUUAAUUGAAUUUAUUUUAAUUAAAUUUGAACUUAAUAAAGAGAAAAAAGAAUUAUUAAAUAUUAAUAACGAACCACCACAAAAACAAGAUACUAUUUUAAAAAGAUUUAAAAGUAAAUUUAAAAAUCAAAUUAUAUUUGAUAAUGAAACUGGUGCCGAAACAAUAUCCCCAAAUGGUAUUACUUUAAAAAAAUUAAUAAUAAUAUCAAUACCAAUAACUAUAUUAUAUAUUAUAUUAAAUUGGUUAUGGGUAUUAAGUUUAUCAAUGACUGAAACCAGUAUUGCCACUGCCUUAUAUCAAAGCGCAACAGUUUUUUGUUUCUUUUUGUCAAUUAUAAUUUUAAAAGAGAAAAUUAGAAUUUUAAAAUCAUUAUCAAUUUUAAUAUUUAUGGGUGGCUUAGUUGGUAUAGUAGUUGCAACAACAACAACAACAACAGAUGGUGAUGAUAAAUUUCCAAAUGCAAUAUUGGGUGAUAUUUUAAUGAUUGUAUCAGCAUUUUUAUGGGGUUUAUAUGAAGUGUUAACAUCGAAAUUCAUUGGUGAUGCAAAUAGGACCAUUGUAAAUACAUAUAUGGGUUUAAUAGGAUUAUUUAAUUUAAUUAUCGGUAUACCAAUAAUUAUAAUAUUAAAUUUUAUAAAAUUUGAAUUAUUCAAAAUACCAGAUUCGUAUACAUUCAUAAUGAUAUUAGUUAAUGCAAUUGUUGGUUUCUCAGUAUUGUAUCUGAUUGUAUGGGGUUUGUCAGUUACCUCACCAUUAUUCGUUAGAUCAGGUGAAUUAAUGACAAUUCCUUCAACUUUGAUAUUUGAUAUUCUAUUUAAAAAAAUGAAAUUACCAUUACUAGCUAUACCAGGUUACAUUCUAAUCGUUAUUGGCUUCGUUUUAUCAGUUUUCAUUGAAAGUAGACAAAUUAAAAAAAAAGAAAAAUUAAAAAAUCAAAAAGGUGAAAAUGGAAAUGAAAAAAACCAAAAAAAAGAAAAUCAACAAUUUAAUCAAUUUUCUGAAAUAAAUUUAUAA